AUGUAAAACAAAAAGGGCAGAGAUAAGUCUCCCAUUUCACCAUUUUCAAAUAAAUGCAAUGAUGAGAUCAAUAAAUAUAAGGACCUGACAUCCAUCAAGGAAAAGUAUUUGAAGAAGACUUCACAAAUGUGCUAAUAGUUAUACACUCCUAUUGCCAAUAGAAAUCUGAGUAAUGUUCAAAUGUACAUCCAAUCUUGCAAGAAUCAAGGAUAUCGAAGAGACUUAGGAUUUGAAGAGAAUGAAAAUCAAAUGAAACAGCUGAACGAUUCCAAAUAAAGACUUGAAGAUAGGUUCAGUUAAUCAAUGAUGGAGCAGGAUUCAAAUGAGGUCGUGGCUGAUGACAAGAAGAUAUAAUAACUCAUUGAUAAGUUAUAAGGAGUACUAGAUUCAUAGGAUUUCAGAAUAUCUCAAAGACUAAAAUGCUAAUUCAUUUAAACCCUAAAUAAGCAAGUAAAGAUUUCUAAGUUUCUUGAAAAAAUAGCAAGAAAUAAAGACUAUUAGUGCAAGUAUAGAACGCUAAGAUAAUUAAAGCAAAAAUGUAUGAAGAAACUUGUAUUGCAGAACAAGCUCUAUAGGAUAAUGAGUAUUUUAUAGAAGUAUAGAAUUACCUAGUAAGCCUAGAAUUUCUACAAAUGGAAGUAUGAUAGUCAAAUAGAAGAUCUAAACGAACAGCUCCAGUUAGAAUAGAAUGAUCUGAUCAUUGAAAAAUCUAAACUAGUUAUGAUGGUAGCAUUUUCUAAACUGGAUACUAAGCUAUCAAUCACAGGCAAAAUCAAAGCAUUAAACUAGAUUAAGCUCAGGGCUCAAUUUAACCAAAAAUUGGCAAGUUUAGCUAGAUUAAGGAGCAAAUUCAUAAAAAGAUAAGCUGUUUAAAAUUUUAAAAAUAAUGUGCACAAGUCAUAGUAAUAAAAGCAUAAAAUACUAAGAAGAAUUUUAAAUAACAAAAUUAAGGCUAAUAUAAGUCUACUUUAAAAGAGUUUCAUGAAAUUUAUUAUCAAUGAAAAGAAGAGUUAUAAUAGAUACAUUUCUUCCUAAUAAUAAAACUAGGUAUAAGCUAAUGGCGAUAAGCAUAAAAAUUUCAAGAUUGGAACAGAAUAAAAAUUAUAAAUGAAAGUUAGAUAGCCUAAGGAAACAACAUUCUAUGGAAUAAAAACUAUUUAAAGGCUUGUUCACUCUUAGCCAAAUCUAAAUUAUCAAUAUAAUCAUAAGUUAAUCAACUUACAUCAGAAUAAUAAGUAAAGUAUAAAAUCGUCAAAGAAAAGAAAUAAUCCAAAGCAUUAUAAUAAAAAAUCAUUGCAAAUAGUUGAAAUAGAUGUAGAGGAAAAUGAAGAGGAAUACACAGCAAAGUAGCUACUAUAACCUAAUCAUUUCGCAAUGAAUCUAGCGGCAAUAAACGAUGAAUCUCUUAUCAGAUUCUCUCCAAGUCAUCAUAGCAAGAGAAAUUCUCUUUCAAACUAUCACAGAUUGAACAUUAGUAACAUACUCAAGAACGGUGGUUAGGAUACCAUUGAUGAAGAAGAUCAUAUAAUACUGAGUAGAUUGAUCUAAAAGUAUUAAAGAGAUUUUAACAACCUCUCCUCAAAUAACCCUGAUAUGGUUAGGAGACACAAAUUACAUGGCUCAAACUAUUCGUUGUCAACUCUAAAUCUUAAUAGUCAUGAAACACAAGGUGCAGGUCAGACAAGUAACAUUCUGGGCAACAAUAUAAAUUAACACAUCAAUACCUCUAAUUAGAAUAAUGGAUCAAUGCUCCAUAGAAAGCUUAAUUCAAUGGUCUAACUCGAUAAGUCGAAUUUCUUUAACCAACAUGAAUAGAACUCAAAGAAUCAUUAAUAAUAUGCUUAAGACUCAGGACUAUAAGGACAUAAGAACAAAUUUUAAACAUAGGAAAUGCUUUAGAAUCUAUUUGCUUUUGGAUAAUAUACUCCUAAUGGAGCCUAGGAGAAGCAUAUCAUGAUUGAUGAAGAGGAUGAGUAUAUGGAUGAUGGAGAAGAUGAUCAAGAUGAGGGUGAUCAGGAUAACUCCAUCGAAGAGAAGUUGUCUUUCACGAGUCCCAGCAGUGAAAGACUACGCAAUAUGAAAGGUAAAAGAGUCAAUUCGAAUAAUAUGAUAUUCAAUGACCAAAGAGAUAACUCUAUCAGUGUAAGCAAAAUAGAGGAUGUAGAAAUAGACCCCUAGUAUCAGACUCAUUCAAGAAUUGAGUUUUAGCAACUGUAAUAGCAAAAUGAGGAUGAAAAUGGUCAAGGCACAAAUAAUAAGAAAGAUUUUUCUUUCUCUAUAGAAAAAGACAAAGAUCAGUACAUUUUUUCAGGCACUUAGGAAAGAGAUAAUAUCAAAGUUAGAAGGAAUAAAAAGAAGGAAGGUAAUAGUAGAAACUAUCAUAAAAAAUAAUUGAAUCUCAGCAAGCAAGAAAGGGAAAAUAUGGCUUUGAAUGAACUCACUAAUGUCCUCAAUUAACAGUAUAUGAUGCAUUAGAAUCUUAGAUCUUCAGAUUUAGUGGCUGGAGGUACUUAUGGAGGUGGCAGCGUUGGCUACCAUCCAUUAAUAUAUAACCCUUAACUUGAAUAAGAAACAGCAAACUUUAAUAUUGGUGAUUGGAAUAUAACAAGAUCUCCAAUGGGAAGUAUCCAUCAAAAUUUAUAUCGUCCCUUAACUAGGAGCAGUUUAAUUUGUAAGAGUUCAUAGAGAAGUAAUAAGCAUCAGCAGAGUAUUUUAAGCCAGAUUUAAAAUGAGUAGAAUCAUUUAUACAGUAACUAGUUACUUAACUCCUAGAAAUCUGGAGAGCGAUAGCUAAGUUGCUAACGUAAGUUAAUUAUGAUCUCAUCUCCUGACCAAAACAACAUUAGAAGGUUCUCUUAAUACUCCCAGACGCCCUCUAAUAAUAACUACUAGCUAAGAUAAGGGCCGAAUGACUUUAUCAUGUAGCAGAAUCAGUUAAUGUAGAACUAUGAGGACACUCCUGUUGAUACUGUAUCAAAAUUAAACUUUAACUAUCUAGACUAAGAUCAGUAAGAUUCUUAGUCACCUCUAUAAGCCCAAUCUCAUUUUGCAAAUUUCUCAUAAGAUUUCAUAUCCCCAGAGAGACUAAACAAGACUCUAAAUGCUGGGGCUACAACUCAUAGAAAGGAAAAUAGUAUUGCAAAUAUAAAUAAAGAUGCCAGCUUAAUCUUGAAUACAUCGGGAGUAACUACUUUUGCUUAGUAAUCAGCAUUCGAAUAAUUCAGAACAAAACUUAACGAAAAUCUAAAGAAUCUUCAACCAAAGAAUAACAUUCCCAGCCAAUUUAUGGAGUUUCAUCAUUAGAGAUAGCAAUCUUUGGCAAUCUAAAAUGCAUAGCCUUUAUCUGUGAAUAUUUCACCUAAUCCUAAGCAAAAUCAUGUUUAGAGCAAAGCCUCAGAUCUUGAAAGCUAGAAUUAAGUAAGAAACUUCUAUCAAAGCAACUAGGUGAGUACUCGUAAAUUAAGGUCGGACCCUAAUGAAAUAUAUCAAAGCAUUCUUAAUAUGAACAGUCACUAGUAGUCUAUCAACUAAAUAUAAAAUGAUCAAAUACUUUUGAAAUUCAACCCUUCAAGAUACGAUGCAAGGCAAAGAGAAAGUGCUUAGAACUUUGAUCUAGCAGAUCCAAUGGAAAUGGGGUCAACAUUUAAUUCCAUUCAGAACUUUCACAUGAAAUAGUCUAUUCACUAAAUGAUUUCAAUAAAAGAGAAUAUAAACCCUCAACUAUCACUGCAAGAAUAAAUCAUCCAUGAAACUUUUGAUGAUCAUGAUAUAACCUUAAGGAAAUCUCCAGAGCCCUAAUCAUCUAAGAAUUAUCAGCACAGUUCAUAGUAUCAGGCUUCUAUUCCAAUACUUUAAUUCGAUAUCAACAGUGUUGAAGAUAAUGUUAAAUUUGAAAACAUGAGAUAAUCUAAAGAUAAGAAUAACUUAGAGUUCAUAUUGCAGACUCAAUAAUCUAUAGACAACAAUAAUCACUUUUCAAAGAGGACAAUGUCUCAUAAUGAUCUAGUUUAGCUAGGCACAAUGUCACAGCAAUAAACACUAGGACCCUAUCUUACUUAAAGAUCCUAAAGCAUUUAGUAAUUUGAUUUAAUGAAUACUGUAAAUGAAAAUAGCAAUAGUAACAACAAUAAUAAUCAGGUAAAUCAAGUAUAAUUUGGCAAUCAGUAAAAUAAGUUUAUAGAUGCUUUCAAGUAAUACGAAGCAGAAAAGAUCAAGAAGCGUAAAAGCGAUAAUUAAGCCUGGAAAAUAAACAACUUUAAUUCUCAAUAAUCACAGACUUAGGAUAAAUUUGGAAUAAAAGAUUAGUUGUUAUAGGGUGAUAACAAUUUCUUAUCCUUUAACUAGCUCAAUUAAAAUUACUACUUGCAGACUUAGAAUAGCACAAUUCCUAAUCAAUAGAAUUCUAAGGUACAGGUUAGAUCUUCAUCUCCUUAACCAGAAUUUUUCAAUUAAAAUCAUCAAAAAGCUAACCUAGGAGAGGCUGCUCAAUCAUGCUUAAUAAACAUUGAUGAUAAUGAUGAAACCUCCUCUAAUGGAUAAAUAAUAGAGAGAGAAGCUGAAGAAGAAGAAUCUUUCAUUAUAGCAGAUCAUUCUAAGCAUGUUAAGAUGCCAAAGUAAAAGAGUCUUGCUGGCUUGUUCAAAGAUGGUACAAACUAUGAUAAUAAUACCCUCUCUACAAUUCUUAACCAAAAUAACACUCAGGAAAAUAUCAAUGAAUCUAACUUCAACACAAAUGCUGAUAACAAGAACUCAAGAUAAAAGAGUCUUGGGUCUCUAGGUAGAAAACCAAAGGAAAUUGUAAUCCAACUAGAUAUUUCUUAAUAUGCAUCAGGCAGAACAGACGAUAGAUCAAUGAAUAACAUCUCUUAAUAUGCAAUUAAUGACAAGUCUAGUAUACUAAAUGAGACCACAAGUAGAAAUCUUACUUAGAUUGGAGCUCCUAGCAAAAAUAUUAAAUCGAAGUCGAAGACCAAUUUCGGAAAUGCCACUUUGAAUAGCAACAACAGCACAAAUAAAAACAAUAGUACUUUGAAUACUAUUACUCAGAAUGCCUAGAAAAAUAAUCAAAAGUCAAAAACAAGAUAUGGGAAUGUGAAAAAUUAAACUAUAAAUAUUAAGAGUUAAACAUAACAACUACUAAUAAGUGAAUUACUCAAGCAGCAGACUUCUAAAAAUGGGGUUUCAAGAGUUAAUAACCUAGUAAAUAAUAGUUCAGAACCCACAGGUCCUACAUUGAUUACAGAUUUAAGAACCUAGACAAAGAGUAAAAUCACUGGUAAAAUUGUAACCAAUCCUAGUACUCUGAAUAACACUGCAAAGCAUAAGUCAAGGACUAGAAGUAAAAAUUUGAUUUGA